UUUUAACUCCAGUACACAACUCCUAGAUUUAAAAAUGGAUUUCAGGUGCGACAGAAUUGAUGAUGAAGUUUUUCAGAGUGUCAUUCGAAGAAUACCGAGAAAUAUUCGAAGAAACAUCCUUGUUGCAAAAGCAUUAGCCGAUAUAAGAGACGACUUGCAUCAUACUUUACGUGGAUGUGCUGACAAUGUUACAGUUGAAGUCCAUAUGGAUGAUUACCUUUAUGAACCAAUCACACUUUGCUGUGGUUCUGGUAGCAACAAACUCAUUAUUUACAUUGACGAGUGGGGAAACGUGCAGUAUCAAUGGGCCAAGAAAACUUGGUCGUUGCAUUUCAACAAUGCUUUCCAGACGGUAGAUAGAAUUGCAAGAAAGAUUGUGAGCGGGUUUACAUCAUUCUUCGGAUCGCUGUUUGCUUCAAACAACAGACUAGAGGGGACAUCACGUGGAUAUCUGACAUACUGA